AUGAGUAAGGGCUGCGUAGAGCCAGAUUCUUCCGAUGUAAGCCUCGCUCGCAUUAUCUAUGCGUUCACUUGGUUGCUAGUACAUAUAGGCUUAGUGCGAAUGAUCGCGAAUGCCUCAACUCAUCAACCCGCCCCUCAAAUCCAUUCGGGAGAGGCCUACCUCUACGGAGUCUGCCCCGACCGAGUUUAUUUCGACAGAGUCUACUCCGAUAGGGUUUACCUCUACGGAGUCUACUCCGAUCGAGUCUACCUCGAUAGAGUCUACUCCGACCGAGUCUACCUCGACAGAGUCUACUCCAACAGAGUCUACUCCGACAGAGUCUACUCCGACAGAAUCUACCUCGACAGAGUCUGCCUCGACAGAACUCGUGCAAUCAAAAACUUGUCAAUCAACAGCGACAGCAAUCAGGUCACCAUCAGAGCCAACAUCGACACCGAAAGCGAAUAUAAUGUUUUGAAAACGAUUGACCUAGAUGCUGACCCCUACGCUGCAUUCACAUCAACAGAAAAAGAGACCUUAGAGAGUUUCGAGGAAAACUUGAGAGACAAAAGACUCGAGAUCUCCUGCAAGCUCGGAUUCCGUUUACCGAUUUUUCAUGCUAGCCUUGUCUCCGUGACUUUUAAAAGAACAUUAGGUCAGGUAGUAAUGGGUGGAUCAGACGCGACAGGGAGAACCGAGACCCUCAUUCGAAUCACGGGGUUGAGAGAUCGGAGGCAGAUGAGCUCCUUUCACGAUGUCUUAACGAUGAAGAAGUAUCGAAGUCUCUACGAGCCGCUGAAUCUCUGCUACCACAAGGAUCGAGUUCUUCGCAUGGCGCUUGAAGCUUCAUGUGCGAUCCGCGAUCCGGCACAGACCUUGACGCUCUGCGGCUGUACAAUUAUCAUUCAAACACCUGGUCAGGACCCGCGGACGUCAACGCUCGGCGGCCUUCUUACGGUCAGAGGCAAGUUCUACGCCCUCACGACAAGUCACAUGCCUGAUGACGAUGAUGGGUUCUCUGAGGAUGCAUCCGACUAUGAGAGCGAUGAUGACAUUGGCUCCCUCUUCUUCUUCGAUAAGAAUGACGAUUUGGAAGAUGAAAGAUCGAAUUCAGUUACUCCUUUUGAAUUCGACGAUGGCACUGGCAAGAAAGAUAAAACCGCGGUUCAACUUCCAAAGACCGCGUCGUUAGAUGUGGAUAUUGGCAAAAGCGAGGCAACAACUAGAGAAGAAAGUGUGCCAAGGCUCUCGCCAGAAGGAAAAGAGUCCCGCACAGCUGGACUCGGGGCGUCUCCGAUGAAGUCAGGGGUAGCAGCUACGACUCAUAUCAUAACCAAAAGCUCGUCUCAGAAGAAGGGCUUCUUAAACCUAAUCGAAGGAGACAACCUGAAAAGCGGAGACGAUUGGCUCCUCGUGCCCGUCGGAACCAACUUUCUCUUCCCAAACAGAUUACCGGCAGGCGUACAGAAACCAGCAACAUGGCAGAACCAUUUCAUCGAAAGCUUCUGCCCUGAUUUGGGUAAACUAUUCGUUGACGAGAACGACCCGAACAAGCCGCCCUCUCAAAGGACGGUUUGGGCAAUUGCUGGAAUGGGCGGUCUGAUACGCAGCAGCCUCUGCCCGAACCCGUCGUUCAUUCUUUCCAACGGCUGCGAGAAAAGUUCAAAAGUUUGGAUGGUCGAAGCAGAGGCCCCUAGUCAAGGCUUCCAAGCAGGAGAUUCUGGCUCCUGGAUCGUCGAUGAUAAAACGAGACGCGUACUGGGCAUUUUGGUGGCUCGGGUCGGUGGUGUCGGCUACAUGACCUCCUUUGCCAUGGAACAGGCGCCGGACAUGCGAUCUUGGGGCCAAUGGCUCUCUGAUGGCACAGCAGCGACUCUGGACAUCGUAAGACACCCGAUCGACCUCGGCUUUAGCAAAGCAUGGGCCGUAUUGUUUACUGCGAUUGUUUACGUGAUAGCUCUCUCGAUUAUACAAGGUCCAUGGGAAUCCUGGAACUCCCUGCAGCUGGCACUUGCUCUGCCGGGCUGCGUUCUGUUGUUUUGGGUAUCCUCAGAGCUACGCAGUGGUCAAGAGCCACAGAACCGCCCUUCACAGGACGUCUUAGUCUGGCGAAGAAGGGCUUUCUGCACGUGGCUUUGGAUCUCGCUUGGGGCAGGAAUCCUGGUCGGCUGUGGAAAUCAGAUCCUGCGACCCACGAUACCAGAGGAUACAAGAUCUGAGGACGAGAAGACAAGGGAUUGGAACAAGGGAUUGGAGUAUCUGAAGGAUUUUAUGGACUAUCUUUCAGCCUCGUUAAGUACUUUCAGAAAUGACCUGGAGGACUUGCAGAGGGCAUUGCAGGAUGGAGAUGUCCGAGCCAUCUUAGCCAAACUGAGGGAGAUGUUUUCAAGGAGACUGCCCAGGGUCAAAAGGUCUAACAAAGUGAUAUAG